UAUCGAUUCGCAUGUAAGUAAAGUUAGUAGUGAGGCUGCAAAUUUACGAGAAGUGUCGUUUGUAAUUUUGUGUAUAGAAAAUUCGAACGAAAUGGCGAGAAUAGCAGCCGUUAAACAAUCUUUGGAGAAGGCAUUACACGAUGAUAACAAAUUAUGGACAAAAUAUCUCGCCAAAGUUGAAAAAAAAAUAGGAGUUGAUCGACUUUACGUUUUUUUAAGUGUUGUUGGAUUUUCAGCUUUAUAUUUGGUAUUUGGUAUAGGUCAGCAAUUAGUUUGUAAUAUCUUUGGAUUUAUAUAUCCUGCAUAUUGCUCUAUGAAAGCCUUAGAAACUCCUAAAAAGGAAGAUGAUACAAAGUGGCUGACCUAUUGGGUUGUUUUUGCAGUUUUUACAAUUGUUGAAUUUUUCUCAGAUUAUAUUUUAUGCUGGUUUCCAGUUUAUUGGCUCUUUAAGUGUCUCUUUUAUAUCUGGCUAAUGGCACCUAUUGAUCGUAAUGGCUCCUUAAUAUUAUAUCACUGUAUUAUUAGACCAAACUUUUUAAGAUACCAUCAAAAAGUUGAUGAGUUAAUAUCAUCUGCUCAAGAUGCUGGUAUAUAUAUUAUAUUAAGAUACAAUAUAGCAUUAAUUCUUUUUAAAUUUUAUUAAAAUAUAUUUUUAUUUCAGCAGUUAAAGCUGCAACUUUGCUGACAGAAAAACAAGAGUAAUUUUCUUAAUUUUAAAGGCGGCUUAAAUUUUAUAUUGCCUUCACUUUUUUUUUUAAUAAAAAAAUAAUGCCUUAAAAA